AUGGAACUGCAAAGCCAGGCUGCUCAGGAUGGCUCCUGCCCCUGCAUCCUGCAGCUGCACGGUCAAUGCUACGAUAAUAGCGGAGAUCCUGAAAUACGGGUGACAGCCAUGCUGGAGCUGGGAUCCCCCCUGGAGAUGAUUCAGCUUCUGCAGACCCCCUGGGAGGAGAGAUUUAAAAUUUGCCUGAGUCUUGUGAAACUGCUGUUUUACUUGGCACAUUCCCCCCUGGGUUCAAUAGUCCUCUUGGAUUUCCAGCCAAGGCAGUUUGUUAUGGUGGAUGGAAACCUAAAAGUGACAGACAUAGAUGAUGCCAGCACUGAGGAACUGUCAUGCAGGGAAGAUAAUGAUUGCACACUCGACUUCCCUACAAAAAGCUUUCCUCUCAAAUGCUCUGCAGUUGGGAAAUGUGAAGGAAUAAAUGAAAAGAAGAAUCUUUUCAAUGCAUAUCGGUAUUUUUUCACCUAUCUUUUGCCACACUCUGCACCACCAGCUUUGCAGCCUUUUUUGAGUGAUAUUCUGAACGCAACAGGUGAUUUACGAUAUGGGAUAAAUGAAACCCUGAAAGCUUUUGAAAAGGUUUUACAUCUGUACAAGUCUGGGCUCUAUCUGCAGAAAAGACCUCUUCAUUUAAAAGACUACAUCUCCCUAAAGGGCUUCCGAAUGGUGGAAGGAGAAGACUACAAGUGCUGGCCCUCCUACAGCCACCUGGGAUGCCUGCUCUCUGUUCACAGCGCUGAGGAAGCCGCCACAAUUUGUAACUCCCAAUCGCAGUGUCAAAGUUUUAUCGUCACCCAGCGGAGGACGUGGACAGGACGCCCACUCGCCUCAUUUCAGAGUAGCCCAACUGAUUUAAUACCGGAUGCUAACGCUGUAGUCUAUAUUAAACGAUCGGCUUCCUCUGGGGAAAGACUUUAAAGACAAUGAGAUCACAUAAUAUGAUCCUGGGAGGAACAAACGACUGGGAAGAAUGUCAUCCGCUGAAAAGAAUGACAUAUUUUAUUUAGCUUUGGGAUGGGAUCUCCUUGCCAGCUCAGAUAGAGUCAAAUGCUGCUGUCUCCUUGAUCAAAGCUCAGAUUUCUCAUUGCAGCCCUGCUAGCUUCUUUAUCUGUUCCCACACUGCUGUUCCGCAUAAAUGCUCCCAGUUUUAGUCAAAUGUCACUAGACUGUGCAAUACCUAGCCUUGCUGCUUUGGUAACCAGCUUGUCAGCCAAGAAAUAGAAAUAGCUGCAAGGGAUCCAGCUUGGGUAGGCUUAGUUAGUUCAGUCACCUCCAAAAACCUAUUGAUAACACACCUUGGAGAAGGCAGUGGCUCCUUCUGCAGCUGCCGACCAGGAUUUCGUACCACUGCAAAUGUAAAGGACUGGAUUUCAGCGAUGGGUCGAGGUUGCAGGGUUGGGAUCCAUAACCAGAGGUUGAUGAUGGGGGUGGUCUUCCAAGGAGGGUCCUGAUUCAGUUCCGUCCAGGGCAGGGGAAGGAGGUGGUGUAUAGGUCAACUCUGGAACCAAAUGUCUGGAUGUUUGGAUGCAGGAUUUGCAUUUGACCCUGUGCGAUUUGUAAUGCCAGCUCCCAUGUAUCAACCUUGAAGGUUUUUCUCUGUUACUUUCCGUGAAAGAGCAAGACAUUAAAAUUAUUUAUGUAUAAGGCAUUACUCUGUAUGAUAAAGAAUGACUAUGUUUAUUCUAAA